GAAUGGUGACAUGUCUAUUGUAACUGGAAUUUCCCUAUUUUUUUAGUUCAGUUACAUGUGAUUAAAGGGAACAUAAUAUAUCUUACGUACACAAAAGGCUUUCAUUGUCAUCAAAUUACUCCAGGUGGUUACAUGAGGGUUAUAUAGGACCAUUCAAAUGGUUAUCUCCUUCACUGAUUCUCUGCAACAUUUCUCCAGUCUCAGUUCAUCCAGUCCAGCACACACACCCAAGGAGGAGUAUAUUAUUGCCAAAUCUGAAGAUUCAGGAGAGAUAGUGGGAAACCACACGGAGCAACCACAAAGCCUAGAGGAUGUAGUGAAAUCCUCAGCCACCGAGCCGUCUCCUGGCCCAGAGCAUGCUGGGAAAGAGGAAAGCAAUUUGUUGCCAUUUGGGAUAAUUAAGGUUUGUUCCUGUGUCCGUCUGUCUACCCAGGAUGCCUUGCAGCAGAGAAUGUCUGUGCAGGAAGACUCAGUCCUGCAGCUCAAACAGGAGCUGCUCAGAUCCAGCAUGGCCAGAGAGGAGCUGGAGGGACAGAAUGUGGAACUAGAAAGGAAGCUGAGCGAACGAAACAGAUUGCUGAGUGAAUGCAAACAGCAGUCAAAACUGGAUGAUGCACUGCGCAGGAUCAGUGAAAGCUAUCACAGGUUGUCAGGCUGUGAGAAUAAUGGCUACAGUCACAUGAUGGACACAUCCUCCGCUGUUUUCCAACACAGAAUGGGGGAUGAGCUACAGCUGGUGCGCGAUGCUCUGCGCAGUCUGAGGGACAAUUUCAGCGGUCAUGACCCACAGCAUCACACACUGGACACACUGGAGCAGGGUGUAUCCAGUCUGGUGGACCGCCUCCACAACACAGAGAACAAGAAAAGGCAGGAGAGAAAGGGUUCAACCAGGUCUCCUGGACGAAAAGCCAAUCACACAGACCGAGAAUCAUGGCCAUCUAGCUCAACGAUGGCUCAUUCUCACAGUAGCCCUGUUCUCAGUGCGGCAGCCUCAACCAAAGUACUCUACUACACAGAUCGCUCUCUCACACCCUUCCUAGUCAACAUCCCUAAGAGGCUGGGGGAGGUUACGCUACAGGACUUCAAGGCGGCUGUGGAUAGACAUGGCAGUUUCAGAUAUCACUUUAAAUCUCUGGAUCCAGAGUUUGGAACAGUGAAGGAAGAGGUGUUUCAGGAUGAUGCUGUUAUUCCUGGAUGGGAAGGGAAGAUUGUCGCAUGGGUGGAGGAGGAUCAUGGAGAGGGGAGAUAGAGCAUGAGGAUUUCAAUCCAUUCAGAAUGUGUUUUACCCUACAUAUACCUCAUCCCUGCAAAACUCUGAAGCCUUUGUCCUGUCCUAACUAUGAAUCUCACUGAACCAGUUCACUAUGUCAUUACAGCAGGCACGUGUUUGUAAAAUUGUGUAUAUGCAUUUUGAAGAAUGAAAGAAGAAUGUUUUUUAAUGUUAUUAAAAAAUGGUUUACAGCUAAAUGCAGAUUAUGUUUCUGAGUGUAUUGAGGUUACGGUACAUUUUGUUUUGCAAAAGCUAGUAUAUCAGCAAUGCCAUUGUGAUAAGUGACCAAGAAAAGAAGAUUAUUUAAAACUGUAUGGGUCUUGUGCAGUGAACAAAUAAUAAAUAUGUUGCAUUAGUUGCCAAACCGUGACAAGCAUGUC